AUGACUGGGGCAAGUGCUGGGGCGACGGAAGCUUUUGUCGUCGUGCCUUUUGAGCUGGUAAAAAUCCGUCUCCAGAAUCAGUCAUCAGUCAAGCAAUAUAGAGGUGUUCUUGACUGUACCAUUCAAGUUGGUCGAGAAUCUGGGCUUUUUGGGCUUUACCGAGGCUUUAAGAGGACCGUCUGGCGGCACAUUGUUUGGGAUGCUGGUUAUUUCGGUUGCAUCUUCAAAGUAGGGUCGCUUCUUCCGCAGGUGACAACAAAAGAGAGUGAACUCUUGAAUCAGUUCAUUGCUGGCUCAGUAGGAGGAACAUUCGGAGCCGCUUUGAAUACUCCGUUGGAUGUCGUAAAGAGCCGCAUCAAGAUUCCAGGCCUUGUAUAA